GAGAUGGGUCUGCCGGUCCCGACGGAGCUGCCAUCCCCCACGGAGCACGGCCUGCAACCGGAGGUACCUCUGCCGAGCCCCAAAGCUUUGCCGGCCGGCUUCCCCCAGGUGCACUCCUCGGCGGCAGCCUUGUCGUCCUCGGCCGCAACGCAGUCGCCUAGCGAGCUUCCAGUUCCCACGGAGCGCCCCUCUCCCACAGAGAUGCCAGUACCAGUGCGGACCGUGGAGCGCACCUUCACCGGCUCGCGGCCAGCCACGACAGCCGUUCCGUCAUCGCCGGCGGAUCUCCCAGUCCCAACGGCAAGGCCGUCUCCCACGUCGAUGGGGCCUGGGGACGACGAGGAAGAGGCCAUCAUGGGUCCAUUGCCAGAUGCUGCGCGGGAGCCACCAG